GUCGUCAGUUUCGACUGCAGCAGAUUUCUGUCUCCAGCAGUCUAAGUCCAACUCACUUCUUGAACAUGUGUACAAUAAGGCCAAUCUGAGGCUGUCACGUUGAGGCUUUUGUGCUUUCUCUUUUGUUCCGUCAACUCGGUCUUUGCAACGCUUUUAUUUUCAUAAUGAAAUGUUUUUUCGCGACACCCCUUUUUUUCAAAGGCAGUCAAAUCAAUUCUGUACAAGCUCGGAACCGGUGCAUAGUACAACCUAUAACACUUAGUCGACUUAAUCAAUGCAUUCGGUUCAACUCCACCUUGUCGACACAAGAGAAUAAAGAAGAUGAUCGAAUACGCUUGUCUAAGUUGUGGGUACCAACUGGAGGUAUUGCGGUAGCUUUGAAUGAGGACUCCCAUUCCAAGCUUAUUCGGGCGGGCUUUUUGCGUCAGGCUCACUCUGGCAUCUUUCAUAUGCUUCCUCUAGGUCGUAAAGUACAAGACAAAUUAGAAGCACUGAUAGACAAGUACAUGUCUCAACUAGGUGCGUCGAAAUUGGCUCUGUCCUCGAUAUCAUCCGAGGAACUAUGGGCGAGAAGUGGGCGCUUGAAUUCCGUUGGUGCCGAGCUUUUCCGGUUUCAGGACAGAAGGGAUGCUAGAUACAUCCUGUCUCCAACUCAUGAGGAGGAGAUCACCUCUCUGGUUGCAAGUACAGUGUCGUCCUACAAGGAUCUGCCCGCUCGACUAUAUCAGAUAUCACGCAAAUAUCGGGAUGAAUUACGUCCCAGACACGGUCUACUUCGGACACGAGAAUUCGUUAUGAAGGACCUUUACACGUUCGACUAUACCUCAUCUCUUGCUCUUGCAACGUAUCAUCAAGUCAGAGCAGCUUAUGCUCGUCUGUUCGACGAAAUUAAGCUGCCAUACCUCGUUGCAGAAGCCGACUCUGGUGACAUGGGAGGGAACUUGAGUCACGAAUUUCACUUUCCUACUUCGAAAGGUGAAGAUCAUGUCAUCAGCUGCACCUCUUGUGACUAUGUGGCCAACGAGGAGCUAGCAGAGUCCGCAAAUCCCCAGAGUAUAUCUGCCAGGAACGGUAUUCCAGAAGCCGACGGAGUCUCAGGACUCCUCCAGGACGACGUACAUGUAUGGCGUGGUACUUCUCGAGAUAGGAGUACUCUGAUCAAUGUCUGGUACGCACCAGAGCUCUCGCAGUGUUCGCCGUCUUUUGGGUCAUCUAGCGCCCCCGAGGUCAACAUGAUUGCUGUGAAGGCAUUGGUCCCAGACCUCGACACUUCUCUCCAGGACUGUUUAUCCCUAUGGACACUCCAGACUUUUCGCCCCACUACCAGUUGCGAGAAUAGCACGCCGGUGCCGCCUCCACGCAGAGUACUCAACCUAGUCGACUGCCGCUUGUCCUCUGCCAUUCGAGAAAGCAUUGUUUCGGGAAGUGCCGACUUACAAAUUCGGCCAGCUUUUUGGGAGGGGUUUAUUCCGGAUAGUGAAAUAGAGACCGUGGUUAAUGACCCGCUCACGCAGCAGCCCCUCAAUCUGUUGCGUAUCAGAGCAGGAGACUUGUGCCCGCGAUGUCCGGAUGGCAAGUUGAAAGUUGAACGGGCGAUCGAGCUUGGCCACACUUUUCAUUUAGGGACAAGGUAUAGCGACCCUUUGAGUGCCUCUGUCACAGUACCAUCCGAUUUGUUAGACGCCCAACAGUCAACCAUUGAGGAAUCUCGUGAUGGAAAUCACAAUGUACAAACACCUUUGCAGAUGGGCUGUCAUGGGAUUGGAGUAACACGCAUGAUUGGGGCUGUCGCGGAGACCCUUGCUGACGACAAAGGGCUGAAUUGGCCUCGUGCCAUGGCACCAUACGAGGUCGUCAUCGUUCCAGGAAAGGAUCUAGAAAAGGCUGCAAAUGAGGUUUAUGACGCGCUUUGCCAUCCCAUAUUCGAUGCAGGGAGCGUGCUUGAUCUCAUCAUUGACGAUCGGUCGCACUCCUUUCCUUGGAAGAUGAGAGAUGCAGAUCUAGUAGGCUAUCCAGUAAUAGUUGUCGUGGGCCGGAGGUGGAAUGCAGAGCACAUGGUUGAGAUUCAAUGUCGAAGGCUAGGAGUACGACAAGACUUGCACAUUACAGAAGCUUUGCUCUUUGUAAAAGAAUUAUUGUUAAAAUUGUAGUAUUAAGUUCGAUUUUCUAAUUUAAUUCCCGUUUUCGG